AACAUGUGACUUGGGUGAGAGAGGGCGCGCGCCCGCGUCUGCCAGCGUCUAUCCAUUGAAAUUUGGCUCUGUCUCUCUCUCACACACACACACACACACGGACAACGAUGCAGAGUAGGAGGGUCAAGCAGAGUUAUAUGAUGAGACUGACUUUAUAGAGGAAUAUCUACAGGCACUUUCAAUAGAGACCGAAAAGCCUCGGUGUCGCAGUCCGUUGGCGGAUGUUAAACUGAGCCACGCGCUUUAACUGAUAGCUGCGGUCUGUUUCUAACUGUUUGUACUGCUAGUGGAUUUAUCUAUUCGACAUUGUUUGACUAAAUGCGGUUAUUUCUUCUUCAAGGAACAAUUCAGAGCACUACACGGAUAACCUUCGCAUUAAAAUGGGAGCGCUUUGUUUCCGAAGUUGGACUAUAAUGAAGUAGCACCAAUUUAAAUAUUUAGGUGAUGCCCGUGCGACCUUUCGUCCAUUUUGUCUUUACGCCAAACAGUUUUCGUUACUUCCGUAGGUUUUAAGCUGGUUCUCGUUAAAUACUCUUUUUAAGAAGAAAAAAAACUGAUUCAGCGAAGAAUGGGACCUUUUCGGAUGAAGUUUCAACAUUGAUCUACGUUGUGGUAAAGUGGCUCCCUAACAAGUCCUCAAAUUAAUGAAUGACUCAUGCGUGAAGGCCCUUCUGCAGCAAUUCCAGCACAUCAGAAAUUUCAUAGCGACGACUGAUUGGUUGAACAUGCAGCAAGCAGACAGGCCCGAGCAGGAGCGAAGCUUUAUGAUGGCGAGCAUUUGUGGGGACGAAGCCAUGCUGAUCUUCAGUUCUGGGUGGUGGAGUGUGGUCUUGCACCAGAGCCUGUGCUGCUGAAGCUUUGUGCUGCUCCCCCAUGGCUCUAUGGGAGCUGCUGUUACUGACUUUCAGCCUCCGCUGCUGGCUGACAAGCUCUGCCAGUUUAGCUGAAGAAGGCCCUGCAGGCCCCCUGGACUGGCUUCUUUCUGACAAGGGCCCAUUUCACCACUCACAAGAGUACACUGAAUUCGUGGAGAGGAACCGUCAGGGAUUUUCCACGAGAUACAAGAUCUACAGGGAAUUUGGCCGGUGGAAAGUGAAUAACUUGGCUGUAGAGCGACGGGAUUUCCUGAACUCCCCUUUGCCUCUCACCUCGGAGUUUAUAAGAAACAUUCGACUCCUGGGACGCAGACCCACUGCCCAGCUAAUUACUGACAACCUGAUCAAGAAAUAUGGGACCCAUUUUCUACUCUCAGCUACACUAGGAGGAGAGGAGGCUCUGACUAUAUUUGUGGACAAGAGGAAGUUGAGUAAGAAGGCAGAGGCGAGCGACUACACCAGUAACAGCACGGCUGUGACUCUGGAGGCCCUGCACCAGCUGGCUGCCUCCUAUUUCAUAGACAGGGAGAGUACUCUGCGAAAACUGCAUCACAUCCAGAUUGCUUCCACUGCCAUCAAGGUAACUGAAACAAGGACUGGCCCUCUCGGCUGCAGUAACUAUGACAACCUUGAUUCUGUCAGUUCUGUGCUGGUUCAGAGUCCCGAGAACAAAGUCUAUUUGCAAGGCUUGCAGGUCAUUUUGCCAGAUUAUCUCAGAGACACUUUCGUCCAAGCAGCUCUUAGUUACAUUGCCUGCAAUGGAGAGGGAACUUUUGUCUGUCGAGACAAUGACUGCUGGUGCAAAUGUGACCCCAAGUUCCCAGAGUGCAACUGCCCUUACAUGGAUAUUCAGGCCAUGGAGGAAAGCCUUUUGCGAAUCUCUGAAUCAUGGGCUCUAACCUACAAGGAGUUUGAAGAUUCAGAUGAGUUCAAAACAUUUCUGAUGAGGCUGCCGCAGAAUUUCUUCCUCAACUCCUCGAUGAUCCAACAUUUGUGGUCGCUGGAUGGUGUAUUUCAGCGCCGCUAUGAGCAGCUGGAAAGCAGCAUGAAAAGUCUCUUCAAGCGAGCCCAGCGAGUGGUUUACAAGCUCUUCAGCCUCAGCAAGAGGUGCCAAAAGCAGCCCCACAUCAACUUACCGCGUGAAAGGCCACAGUCGUAUUGGCUGAACUACUUCCAGUCUUUAUUAUACUGCUCAGAGAACAACCAGCUAGGAUCCUUCUCAGAAGAACUUCACAUUUGCAUUUGUGCAUAUGACCACAGUUCCUGCCAGGUACCUACACCAUGCUCUGUGGGUGAAGGUGCUGCCUGCGCCGCUUGUGCUAGCGACAACCAUACCCGCUGCGGGAGCUGCAACGUCGGCUACAUGUUAAGUCAAGGGACCUGUCGACAGAUGGUGGCAGAUUCCACCGAGAACUACCUGGGCUUUGAGACUGAUCUUCAAGAUCUGGAGCUACGCUACCUCCUACAGAGAGCUGAUCGACGUUUGGAGGUCCACGCUAUCUUCAUCAGCAACGACAUGCGGCUGAAUAGCUGGUUCGAUCCUUCAUGGAGGAAGAGGAUGCUGCUUACGUUAAAGAGUAACAAAUACAAAUCCAAUCUGGUCCAUAUGCUCUUAGGCAUCUCCCUUCAAAUUUGCCUUACGAAAAACAGCACUCUGGAACCUGCGCUCACACUCUUCAUCAAUCCCUUCGGGGGGAGCCACUCAGAAAGCUGGUUAAUUCCUGUGAACGAGAACAAUUUUCCAGACUGGAAAUCUGCUAAGCUGGACCUUCCACUAGAAUGCUUUAACUGGACCUUGACUUUGGGCAACAAGUGGAAGACCUUCUUUGAGACCAUCCACAUUUACCUGAGGAGCCGCAUCAAAACCCCAGGCACUGGGGCUAAUGACAGCGUUUACCUGGAGCCUUUGGAAAUGGCCGACCCUACUAGAAAUCUGGGGUAUAUGAAGAUCAACAGCAUUCAAGUGUUCGGUUACAGUAUGCAUUUCGACCCGGAAGCAAUCAGGGACUUGAUCCUGCAGCUGGACUACCCAUACACGCAGGGCUCACAGGACUCGGCCUUGCUCCAGCUGCUGGAGAUCCGGGACCGGGUCAACCGACUCUCUCCACCGGGCCAGCAACCUCUGGAUCUGUUCGCCUGCUUAUUACGGCACCGUCUCAAACUGACGGCUAAUGAGGUGGUGCGCAUUCAUGCCUCGCUCCAGUCCUUCAAUGCCCGUCUCCCCAAUUCUCUGGAUUAUGAGACCACUAAACUCUGUAGCUAACGGCUAAAGCAUCACAGCAGACAGCAAUAGAGCAACUGUAAAAAUGCAGAGUAGACUGUUAAAGUCAAAGCUGCAAUGACUUUCCGUGAUAAAGACACUUUUGGACACUGACGGUUUUUUUGUGACUUUACUUUCACUAGUAGAUCAUCUUGCUCAAAAGCAGACUCAUUUUUAUUGUAUAGUACGCUGAAGUGUUUGUUUGUAAUUUUUAUGUUUUUUUUUCUUUCUUUCGCUUCAGUGACAGUGCACUUUCCUUGGAAAGAAUACAGUGAUGUCAGUCAAUUUUGUAGAUAAAUUGUUAUUAAAACAUCAUGGUUGUAAUGGAGUAACGGUUGCAUUAUUUAUCAGCAUAUUUUUAUUGCUAUGUGACAGUUUAGUUUAUUGGAAAAUUAAACACAUUUUAUAUUUGCAAUUGAGUGCACUUAAUGAAGAAUUAAAUACAUUGAACAUGAUAUACGACUUUGAUAAAAUAAUAAUGAAACAGAUUUAUUGGCAUAAAUAUGCUUGUUAGGUUCAUGCUAAUUUCUUUUUAUUCACAUCUCAUUGGAGAGAGAGUUUUUUUUUUUUUCAUUACUAAAAGCAUUACAAAGUCCUAUACAUUAUCAGUACAUUGGAGUAUUAUGAUUUUCUCAUAUUUCUAUGCUGAUAUUACAUGUGUCUCCUGUAUUAAAUGUUCAUUCUGAACCACAUUGACACAGUUAUUCUGGGCUAAUAAGCCAUUAUUAUCAAUAACUUUUUUUGGUCUCACUUUAUAUUGUGUCCCUAAAACCUGUAUACUUACAAAGUA